GUCGUUCACAGAGGCUAAUUAGUGCUGCGAGGGUCCCCGGGGGAUCACAGAAGCCCACACGGGCGAUUCGCUGUCGAACAAUACAAUGGGGAGGUGGAUGGCCAAGCCACUCUCUCCCCAGUGACUUGCAGCUAGGGAUUUUUGCGAUUUCCUGUCGUCCAAUUCGGGCUUGCAACCUCGGAGCUCCACCGACGUAACAGCAGCGUGUGAAGGUGUGCCACACACACCCCGGCCCAUAUCAACGAGACACAGUGGACUUCAGACACGAAAGACACUGUCUGAGGCCCUGCGUUGUAGUACAGUACCUGAGGUUGAGGGUUCGAGAUGGUUUGUGGUCUCUCCCCUUGCCGCGCGCUCUUUCUUUCUCUCUUGCUGUCUCUUUUUUGUGUGUCCCCUAAACCAAGGCGGCUGGGAUAAGACUAUCGGGCAGGUAUGGGUCUCGACUUGUCCCUCGGGGUUUGGAGCCGUUAUUAAUAGAGCAUCCCGUACUGAUCGGAGGUUUAUGCGCUCGAGGGCCGGCGAUAUCCAGAUGCUACUCGACUUAGAUACCAGCAUGGUUCGCAUCCCACGGGACUUUGCUAUUCUUUCAUUUUCCAAAGCUGCGCGAGACGAGACACAGAAACAGACGGGACAGGGUUUCAAGGCGGCCUGGCCUGGUAGCGGCGCCUGUUCCGACCAUUGCCAAAGGUCGGUAAACGCCAAGCAAGGCAGGCAAGAUUGCAUGGAAGAGUCCAAAAAGUCCAUAGGCUCCACCAACAACGCAUCCAAGACGAUGCCAUCUCGCGAGUCGGCCAGCCAAGGGCCGGUGUAAAGCAAACACUCGGGUGUAAAGUUGCAAAGACAGAAUAGUGCGACGCAGCCCUCUGGCGGGCCGGAUGGAUCUGGAUCGCGGGUACGACCAGGCAUGCCCUGUUAGGGUCCGUGUGACUCUUAUCCUCACGAUGAGGCGGUUGUCACACAGGCCGCCAGUCAGUCAAUCAGCCUGUCUGUCUGUCUCUCCGUCCGUGCCAUUGGCGCACGAGCAACGGGCGGCGGAUACCGGUGGGCAUAUGCAGCCGGGCGGAGAUAAGUGGCAUCAGUGUCUCGCGUCCCUAGUCUUCCCAUUGAUGGCGAGACAAAGCCGUGAUUGUGUACAAGGAGCAAUGAAGAAUCCGAUUGUGACGAGGAACGGCCGUCGGUGGUGGCGGUGA